GGAAACCACAGACACAAUGUUGGUGCAAUACGGAAUUGUCUCAGCUCUGCUGUUUCUGACGGUGAGAGGUGAGUUCACGGAUCCCCACUGCAAUGGUAAGCAGGUGUUAGUGCACCUGUUCGAGUGGAAGUGGACAGACAUCGCUACAGAAUGUGAGCGGUUCCUCUCCAAGAAAGGUUAUUGUGCUGUCCAGGUCUCCCCACCCAACGAGCAUGUGAUGGUGACGAAGGAGUAUGCCCGCCCAUGGUGGGAGGUGUACCAGCCGGUCAGCUACAAACUCACCAGCAGGUGUGGUAAUGAACAGCAGUUCAAGGACAUGGUUCAGAGGUGCAAGAAAGUUGGGGUCAGGAUUAUCGUGGAUGGGGUUGUCAACCAUAUGGCUGGACUGGGAAGAUCUGGAACAGGAACGGCAGGUAGUAGCUUCAACUCUGACAACUUGGACUUCCCUGGGGUACCAUACCGGAGGGAGCAUUUCAAUGACCGCAGCAAAUGUCCAUCUGGCGAUGGAAACGUUAACAACUAUGGCGACCCCAAUAAUGUAAGAAACUGUUAUCUCGUUGGCCUCACUGACUUGAAUCAAGGCGUCGAGUAUGUCAGGGACAAGAUCGCUGGCUAUUUCAAUAAUCUCAUCGAUAUCGGAGUAGCUGGUUUUAGGAUUGACGCUGCUAAACACAUGUGGCCUGCUGAUAUCAGCGCAAUUCAAAAGCGGGUUAAAGAUCUCCCUGAGGGAGGUAAAGCGUUCUGGGCUCACGAGGUGAUUGACCAGAAUGAUGGCGCAAUAAAAGUGGGAGAGUACACUUCUCUUGGUUACGUCACCGAGAUGAGAUAUUGUCAAAAAAUAGCUCAAGGUGUACAUAACUUUGGAGAGCUUGGCAAUGUAGUUGACUAUGGAUGGGGUAUGACGCCUUCAUCUAACGCCUUUGUCUUUGUUGAUAAUCACGACAAUCAGAGAGGCCAUGGUGGCGGCGGGAACCUCAUCACCCAUAAAACACCCAGAGAUUACAAGAUGGCCCAAGCGUUCACUCUGGCCUACAACUAUGGGUUUGUCAGAGUGAUGAGCAGUUAUUUCUUCGGAGAUGAUUCUGAUGCUGGACCUCCGCACAACGCGGACUUCACUGCCAAAGAUGUCACUAUUAAUGCAGAUGGUUCAUGCGGAAAUGGCUGGGUUUGUGAGCACAGGUGGGCUCCCAUUGCCAACAUGGUAGCGUUCAGGAAUGCUGUAGCUGGGACAGGCAUUGAACAUUGGUAUGAUAGUGGGGACGUCGUUGCCUUUGCCAGAGGCAACAAGGGCUUCUUUGUGAUGGCAAAGCAAGGCAAUCUGGACCAAACAUUCCAAACAGGGCUCCCAGCUGGAGAGUACUGUGACAUUAUUCAUGAUUGCCAGCAAAAGGUUACAGUGGAUGGCUCAGGAAAUGCUCAUAUUCACAUCAGCAACAACGAGGAACCAGUUGUCGCCAUUAUUGUAGGUGGUCCAACUGGAAGUACAGGGGGUGGAAACACAGGGGGUGGAAACACGGGGGGUGGAAACACCGGAGGAGUGACUCAAGCCCCUGUGACACCGGACUAUUCUACUGGAGGCUGGAAACACACAGUGUUAUUGAUAGAGAGGCGGACCGUUCCAGGCCAGGAUCUCUUCAUCAGAGGUGGCAUUGACCAUGGCCACAUGACAGGUUGCUCGAGUUCGGUGUCUGGGAAUCCUUGUGCUAUUCCUAUCCGCCACAGAGAUCUUGGUUCUGGAACCCACUUCGCCAAAUAUAAUGCAUGGAGCGCAGGCGAUAACUACCUGGACUGGUACGGGACUGAGCCUGGCCAAGUGUCAUCUGCCCCUGGAACACCCGCACUGUGGACAACGAACAGUGCUGACAGACCCGAGUACAACCAAUACAAUACAUUUGGAGAGCAUUAUUGGUUGGUGGACAUCGACAUGGACUGCUCCAAAACAAAAAAUGGCUUUUUCGAGUUCAAGUCUAUUGUGAAUGGCGGCUGGGAAGGAAACGUGAUGGGGGCAACAUGCACUGGGUCUGGGGCUGCCUCGCCUCCCUACACAAGCAAGAACCACAUGGCCAGGUGCGGUUACCUCAACGUAUUCCACUGGGGCAGCGGCUCAUGUACGAUCACACCGCUUUCCUCCUAAACAACACAAUGAUGAUAUACACACAUCUAUGUAAUAACACAUUUGAAAAGGUUAUUAAAUUGGUAUGUAGCAAAAAGAC